CUUGCUAUUAUCGAUAAUAAUUUACACGGCUCGCACGUGUUGGUUUUGUUUUUAUUUAGAGGACGUUUAAUAUAAUUUUUAAGCAUGUCUGACUUUGAAUUAGAAGACAGCGGCUCAGAGUUCGAUUCAGAUGACAAUUCCGAUGCUGAGCUACAAGCCGCUUUCGAGCGUGGCGAUUUAAAACCUGGUCUCAAUGUUGAGUUCACCGGACGGACCAAUAAAAUAAAUGAUAUAACCAAACUGCUGGCCAAAACACAUGCCAUACGUUUGGAGCUGCCGUGGGAGGAGCGCCUGGACAUGAUCAAUCAUUUGGCUCCUCUAGCACCCGAGCUAGCUGUGCAGCUCGAGAAGCACGAACAGAAGCGUGCGAAUCAGUUUAAAGGAAAUGCCAAAAUACCCUAUGUACGCCCUGAAGAGGAUCCCGUGUUGAACGAUUUUAAGCGCGAAAUGUUGUUCCAUCGUCAGGCACAAAGCGCUGUGCUGGAGGGCAUUAAACGGCUGCAGGAUUUGGGUAUUAAGACACGUCGUCCCGAUGAUUAUUUUGCCGAAAUGGCCAAGUCCGACGAGCACAUGCAAAAGGUGCGUGCCAAUCUAAUGGCCAAACAGCAAGGACAGGCUAAAUCGGAGCGCAUUAAACAAAUACGCGAACAACGAAAAAUGGGUAAAAUGCUGGCCAAGCAGACCAAGGUGCAACGCGAGGCUGAAAAGAAGGAGAUGCUCGAUAAACUGAAAAAAUUCCGAAAGGGCAAACUCAAAAAUUUGGACUUCCUUGAAGAUGCUAAGGCAUUGGAGUCCAAGCAGAAGCAAUCUGCAGACAAACGCAAGCUGCGCAACAAAAAGUUCGGUUUCGGCGGCAAAAAGAAGGGUCUCAAGCGCAACACUAAGUCCUCGGCAGCUGGACUUGAGUCAGAGAAGUCCACACGUCGUCAGCGCGGAGUCAAAGCCGGCGCGUCGGUCAACAAACGGUUGGGCAAAUCCAGGCGCAUGAAGGCAAAGGGCAGAAAGUGAAUCAGGAUUAAAUGACUUAAAUGAAAAACUAGAUUUAUAAAUGCCUUUGUUUAGAUUUA